AUGGCUGCCAUGAAGAUUUUAACCAGUACUGGACUGUUUUUGGCGUUUUGUGCAUUAGGAUUGUUAGCAAUGGCCAUCUGUACUGACUACUGGUACGAGACGGAUGCGAGGAGGCACCGGGAACGGUGUAAGAAUUAUGCCAACAAGAGAAAUGAUCCUGGAUACAUUUACAUUUCCAACCUUCCCCUCCGAAUGCCUCCAAACGACAGCAAUAGAAAAGGAAAAGGGGUAAGUGUUGAAGCCCUACCCCGGGCUAAGCGGCACUUCUUGGCCUCUGCCUCAGCAAUGGAGUCUCACUGCAGUCGACAGUUCAACUCCACCAUCUCCGGAUUGUGGAGAAAGUGUCAUCGCGAAGGGUUUGACCUGGAGACUGAAGACCUCAUCUAUAAAGGGUUGAUUCAGCGCUGCACUCCAGUGAAGUACCACUACUCCUCGUCCACCCUCCCCCGAAACCUGCCUGUCAACAUAACAAAGACCAUCCGUCAGGACGAGUGGCACGCGCUCCAUCUGAGGAGAAUGACUGCCGGCUUUAUAGGCAUGGCAGUCUCUAUCAUCCUCUUCGGGUGGAUCAUCGGGGUGCUGGGCUGCUGCAAGCAACACGAUCUGAUGCAGUAUGUAGCAGGUCUACUCUUCCUCAUGGGAGGAACAUGCUGCAUUAUAUCCUUGUGUACCUGCGUGGCUGGGAUCAACUUUGAACUGUCCCGCUACCCGCGCUACAUGUAUGGGUUGCCAGAGGAUAUCAGCCAUGGAUAUGGCUGGUCCAUGUUCUGUGCCUGGGGGGGGCUGGGUCUCACUCUGCUGGCCGGAUUCCUUUGUACAUUAGCACCUUCCCUUAACAGCCCCCGCACAAUGGUACACAAGCCCAGGCAAGAGAACGGCACCGUGUGACAGACCACAGAAUGCACAAGCAGUCGGUGCCCUCCCCACCUUCCCUCUCCUUCGCCCCAUUUCUCUUUCCUCUCCUUCAGGACAUUGAAAAGCAAAGUGACCUGGACAGCUGCAGGAGGAGGGAAACCCUGUCGCCAAACCUCCACACCAUCUAGAAGUGUUCAGAUCAGCAGUGCCCAAUUUUCAUUGGGUCUGCUGCUCAGCACAAUCCGGACAAGACCUUUUCUCACUUUCAAACCAAGUGGGAGUGGCUCCUUUUUAUUUAUUUAUUUAUUUACUUAUUUAUUUAUUUAUUUUGGAAAAGCAUUUGUGUUGCAAUGGUGCUCUCCAUUUCUCUUUAAUAUGUUUUCCCAGGAACUGAUAGAUCCUUCAGUAUUCAAAAACUGAACAAAGCAACAAAACAAAACAAAAAACAUAUAUAUUAUGGCAGUAAACCUGUCAGAUUGUUCUUUUGUUGGGUGACCUGUUCCGUGUUUAUUAAUGCUCGCAGAAUACACAAAAAAAAAGAAAUGAAUUAUGCUGGGAUAAACUGUGUAUUGUUUAAAAUGUCUUAAAGGACAACUUAUAUUGCUUGGAUUACAUAGGGAAUUGGGGGUCUAGCUGUUGUAGCUGCCUCUACAAACCCCUUGCAGUGGUAUUGAGGAAGUGGAAUAUACAAAGCACAAAAUGGAAAUGGGAAUACUGGAACUGAAAAAAUAUAAAGAUCAAAAUGUGUUUUCAGCUUUUAAGAGUAACAUUUCAGUGCUUCUAAGAUACAGUAUGUGUAAAUGCAUUUCUAUGUAGAAGCGGGUCUCCGUUUAUAGUUCUUGUAUAAAGAAUGUUUUUUCCAUUUGUUAUGAGGUAAUCUUAAAUGUAAGGCAGUCUGGAUAUUUAGUGGCUUGGGUAGAUGGAGAUACGUGUGCCCUCGGGGUUGAAGUAAACAUUUUCUCAAGUCAUUUUUUUUAACAUGAAUUGAGCAUGAACAUUGAGCUCCACCUGUGAUUGAGAGUAAAUGUGGGAAAAAAAACUUAUGUUUGGCUAUGUUUACGAGAACUCCCUCUUCCCAUCCUCAUUCUCUCAAAUUUACUCAGACGAGUGUCAGGUGAGAAACCCAUCUGCUCUUGUAUGUAUGAUACUCAACAUGCCAAUCUUGGCCCUAAGAUGGCCCCAACAGCAAUUAACAAUUUCCACUCACUCUAUGAAAAAGCAUGAAAAGAUGCAGCAUCAAAGAAAACCUGGAACAAACCUCAGCAGCAACUUGGAAAACUACACAAUAAUGGAAAAUAACCAAUAAUCACUUUGGUUUAAGUGAUUAAAAAUAAAUCUCUGCGAGAAGUGUU